CUUUGAUUCCUCAAGUUGUUUGGAGAAACAUUGAAACUUUGGGAAUGUCAAAUAUGGAAGGUAAGCCUGGAGAUCUUGAGAAAAAAGCUUGCCAAGUUUUGUGUAAACUGAAAUAUGAAGGGGAUGAGGCUAAAGAGAACCUGAAAGAAGUUCUCUCAUCAAGUUCUUCAGAGCAACCAAAUCCAGAUUUUGCAAAUACUCGUGAAUCGGUUCUUCAGGUCCUUGCCAAUUUAACAUCUGUUCAGUCAUACUUUGAUUUAUUUUCGAAGAAAAUUGACCAAAAGGUUAUGGAGCUAGAGGAGGCUGAAAUGGAAUUAGACCUUCUUCAGAAAGAGCAGGCGGUUCAGGAAUCAUCUAAUGAUCGCAAAGAAUGGUGUCAGCUUCCCUUUCUAGACACUUAUGCGAAGGAUGAUGACCGCCUUCAGCAAAUCAAGGAUAGCAUUCAACAACUAGAGAAGUCCAAGAUCAGAGAAGAGAUAAUAGGUCGCAGGCAAAAGAAGCUACUUGUACGACGUGCCCGUCAAAAAUAUUUGGAAGAAGCAGCUUUGCGAGAAGCAGAACUUCUUCAAGCACUUGAUAGAGAGAGGACGACUGAAGUAGAAAGGGAGAUUGAGAGACAGCGGUCACUGGAACUUGAGCGUGCAAAAACGAGAGAGCUGCGUCACCAUCUUGAUAUGGAGAAAGAGAAGCAAUCACAGAGAGAACUCCAACGUGAAUUAGAGCAAGUGGAAUCUGGAGUCCGACCUUCGCGACGAGAGUUUUCUACCUCCACUCAUAAUAGUCGUCCUCGGGAAAGAUAUCGUGAAAGAGAAAAUGUACGAUCAGGUAAUGAAGGCAGCUUAAGAGGAAUUAGUGGCAACUUGCAGACGGAGACUGGAAUCAGCAAUUCAUCAGUGACAACCAUGCCGUCAGUGGUUCUCUCUGGAUCUCGCUCAUUUUCAGGCCAAGUUCCGACCAUUCUACAAUCACGUGACCGUCUAGAUGAAUGUGGCAGUAGUUAUGAAGAAAAUUUUGAUGGAAGCAAGGACUCAGGCGACACGGGUAGCGUUGGUGAUCCAGACCUAGUCUCAGCAUUUGAUGGACAAUUUCCUGCAAUCGGGUCUGAUCGAAGACACGGGUCUAGAGGGAGCAGCAAGUCUAGACAGGUGAUGGAGCGGAGAGAACGGGAUGGUAGACGGGAAGGAAAAUGGGAGAGAAAACAUUAAUGAGUUGUAAGAUGGAAAUUUAUUCGCAAGAUUAGGAGAUUUAGCUCAAGUACAUAGUGCAUGAAAGUUGUGUAAUGUAAGUUGUGUAAUGUCACUAAGUAUUGAUCUGCUUGGGAAAUAGAAAAAUAUUUAGGAAUUUCAAGUUGUGUUUUAGUCAAAGCACAAUGUAAUUGUAUAAUGCAUUAAAAAAAAUAUCAUUGUUAUAUGUUUAAUGUUAGAAUAUUUUCAUGUUAAAUGAGUAUUGUUUGUUUUACUA